GGCUUGCAGAGGCUUUAAAGGGCCGCCCGCCAGCUCGCUCUCUGCCACUUCGGAGCAAACUUCGACGCCAGAAGGCAAAGAUGUCUGUUGUGGCCAAGAAGUUGUGGUGCGUUCACAAAGCGCUGGUGCUCUUCAUCACGCCACUGCUUUUUUCGCCUUUACUUGUGACCUUGCCAGAAAAGGAAGGAAGAUGUCUUUAUGUGGUGGUGCUGAUGGCCACCUUUUGGUGCUCGGAGGCCCUCCCGCUUGCCAUCACCGCCAUGCUACCCAUCUGCCUCUUUCCCACGCUGGGGAUCAUCCCGUCCCAAAAACUCUGCCCUCAGUACUUCCUGGAAACCAACUUCCUCUUCUUAAGCGGCCUGGUGCUGGCGUCCUCCAUUGAGGAGUGGGGCCUCCAUCGCAGAAUAGCGCUGAAGGUCCUCACCGUCGUGGGGGUCAAACCAGCCUGGCUGAUACUGGGCAUGAUGACCACCUCGUCCUUCCUGUCCAUGUGGCUGAGCAACACGGCCACCACGGCCAUGAUGCUCCCCAUUGCCAACGCCAUCCUGGAGACUCUCUUCGGGGAUCUGGAGAGCCUAAAGCGGAAAUGCAUGCCGCACGCGCCAGAGGAUUGCAAGCGCGACGUGGCCCGUGGUCCAUCAAUUAAGAUGCGUUCUCUGCCCUCGGUGGCCUCAGAGAAGCAAAAAUUGUCACUUGAGGGUUCGGGCGCGGCCGCGGAGGAGAACGACGCCAGGACAGCCGAGGAGAUGCGCUCCGAGUCGGAGUAUCAGAUGAGCGUGUGGAAAGGCUUUCUGGUGUGCAUUCCUUACGCCGCCAGUAUUGGAGGAACGGCCACGCUGACGGGAACCGCGCCCAACCUCAUCCUGAUUGGACAGCUCAAAAGCUAUUUUCCCGAGUGCGAUCUCAUCAACUUUGGCUCGUGGUUUGCAUUUGCCUUCCCGCUCAUGUUGGUCUUCCUGCUUUUGGGAUGGCUGUGGAUCGCGUUCCUCCACGGGGGACUGCGCGCACGCUCCAAGCAGCAGCAGAGAGCCGAAGAAGAGGCCCGAGCUCGGGCUCUGGUGGAAGAGGACUACCGGAAACUGGGACCCUUAAAUUUUGCCGAGGGGGCCGUCUCCUUCUUUUUUACCGCCUAUGCUGUUCUCUUGUUCACGAGGGAUCCCAAAUUUGUCACCGGCUGGUCUGCGCUUUUCAAGAAGGGCUAUGUGUCGGACGCUGUCACCGGUGUGAUCAUCGUGUCCGUCUUGUUUUUCUUCCCCUCGCAGAAACCUUCUCUUAGCUGGUGGUUGGACCCCAAAGCUUCAAACGCGCCCUACGUUCCUCUCCUUUCGUGGAAGAAAGCCCAGGAGGCCGUUCCGUGGAAUAUCAUUCUGUUGCUGGGAGGCGGCUUCGCCAUGGCCCAGGCCUGUGAGGAGUCUGGACUGGCCUCCUGGAUGGGAGGCCACCUUCGGCCUUUGGCCAAGGUCCCGCCUGCUGCGGCCAUGAUGCUGAUCACAGCUUUCGUGGCCUGUUUCACCGAGUUUGCCAGCAACACGGCCACCAUCAUCAUCUUUUUGCCCGUUAUCGCCGAACUGGCCUUCCACGCGAGCGUGAACCCCCUGUACUUCAUGAUCCCCGCCACGGUCGGGAGCUCGUACGCUUUCAUGCUGCCCGUGGCCACGCCGCCCAACUCCAUCGCCUUCGCCUCCGGUCACCUUCUGGUCAAAGACAUGGUGAAAACUGGCUUUGUCAUGAACAUCCUGGGUCUGCUGUCCGUGGCGCUGGCCAUCAACACGUGGGGCCUGGCCAUGUUCCAGCUGGACGCCUACCCCGACUGGGCUCGCCCUCUCAACCGCUCUGCCGCCUACAUGUCAAAUGCCACGCUCUGAUGGCCCGACGGGAAGACAACGCCGGCGGCAGGCAGUGUUCGGCUCUUACCGUUUGUAGUUGACCCCUCCCUUCACGUAUUUUCCUUAGCCCUUUUUCAAAGGUUACGCACGGUGCGUUGAAACAGACGCCGUGGGAGCUGGACAAAAACACGCGCAAACUAAUCGUCAUUCAUUACAAGACUGGCAAAAACAACCAAGCUCACCACAUUACAAACAGCCAGCAGUCCCGAAUUGCGUCCGAUGGCUGAAAAGCUUUUUUGCUUUUUUAUUGUUGUGCCGGCAUUCGACGUCACGGCCGCCGCCAGCUCCGUCUGCUAUGCACGGGGCCCAUAACAACCCAACAAAGCCUUUCACCCUAACCCAAUUUCCCAGAGAGAGAGCAGCAACGUGCGGUUGGAACGCUCUGGCUUUGUUAAAGCGGGCAUGUUUUGAGAAAAUCUGUCCCUUUUUCUGUCUUUGUGUGCACAUAUUGCUCCCAUCCCGUCCUCAACUGUGAAAAGAGCCAGCACGCUCGCUCAUAAAGUACGUUAAGUCCAUGAGAUUUUGGUCCUCCUCAUCUGAAGGCACACCGCCGACAAUACAAGCCCGCCUGCCCCUCUUGGCCCAUCGGUACGUGGUCAAUCUGUGUCCGUUCAAUCAAUCAAUCAAUCAACCAAUCAACCAAUCAAUCAAUCAAUCAAUCAAUCAAUCAAUCGGCAAAUGUCAUUCCUGAUGGGACUGUGUAACGAGAACAGCCAGCAAGCCGAGCUUUUCCCGGAGAAGCUCCCUCGGCGCAUUACGCCGGGCCAAUUCAGUCCCAAUUUGGAUUGGAUUCAAUAAAGUGUACUUGGUCCAGCC